AUGCCUUCCAUGCGCAACGGAAAGAGGGCACCCGAAGUCGAACUAAGGUGGAAGCAGGGCUGGUUAAUGAAUUUAUCGCGUAUAAGCAAUGGACAAGGACGUUUCUUCAUGACUGGCUUAACUUGCUCUAGUGGUGCUAGAACCAAGUCAAACGUGUAUUACAAGAAUGCAAUCGCCGCUGUGCCUGAGCUUCUAUUACGCAAGCCUGACUUGAUGGCUGUUCAAGCACUGAUGGGCAUCUUUGAAAUCCACGGACCUUGCGCAACCCCACGAUCCACAGGCAGAGAAAAAGAGCAACCAAUCUUAACCUUAUCUUUAGGCCUGCCGCCUAGCAAUGCCUCAGCUGAUCUCGGCGCGGACAGCCCCCACCCAGACUGGGUAUACGAGUCGAUCGCCCAAAAUGCCGGACCUUCUGACAUGGAUUUAUUUACUUGGUUUCGUCGUCUUAGCGUUAUCCGACACAAGAUAUAUACGUCUCUCUACAGGACAAAGGACUCCCAGGCGUUCCCGCAUGGACAGUCUUCAAUCGUACAGGCCUUGCAACUAGAACUAACGAGUUUUCAACGGACAUUACCUGUUGACCUUGGCCAUGCUGUAGAAUUUAUCACCAGGCUACCAGGCCAUCCCAAGUCUCCCUUUGUGUCCCUCCUAUGUGCGUAUCACAAUACCGUUAUUUUAUUGCAUCAGACACAGAUCUUCUUCCGGGCUCCGAAGGUCUCAACUCCGUCCCGAGCUACAGAGCUCUCUCAGAAGGCAUGUGUAGGCGCUGCCCGCCAGACGGCGUUUCUAUUGAACGCCCUUCCUCCUUGGUGGUGGCCACUGGUAACCCUCUAUAUCUUCGCUGCAUUCAACAUCCUGUUCGCGAGUCAAUCUCGAGUUAAUGGAAGCAAUGAUCUCCCGCCUUUCUACAUGUGCCACCGGAAAUGGCCUGUCAGAAAGCCCGAGUUUGGCCGACGUAUACGGCCAAUCGGAGACGUUACCUUUGACUGGAAAUAUAUCUGA